AUGGCACAGAAAAAUACCAAGUUGGUAUCUACUGAUAAAGAUUUUGAAACAAUUUACAAGCACAUUAUGAGUCUUGCCCAAGGAAGGCCUCAACUUACCGAUCUACGAGGUCUAAGUUCUUUGAGAGAAAACCAGUGGAGGUGGAUGAUCCAAAGAAUCCGCAUUUACCACACAAGAAAACACAUUGGCACUCUUUGCACAUUUUCUUUCAUCCUCCUCGCCGUCAUAUAG